AAACAGCCUGACAGAGGCUAACACCACAAUGGCUAAAAGAAGAAGUCUUUCUACUACUCCUCCUCUCCCUCCCAACAGCUUGAGCUCAGUUAUGAAUGGUAAACCAACUCUUAAGACUGUGUGUGCUAUAGUGAGGACAAGCAGAUGGCAUCAGUUGGGUAUACAGUUAGGAGUUGAUGAGGAAAUGCUGCAGGAUAUACUGUCUGACAGAUCAGAUAUACAAGAUAAAAGAACACAGAUGUUUCGUCUUUGGAUUGCAAGCCAACCAGGAGCUAGUCACAAUCAACUGGUUGAGGCACUGAGACUCAAAGUAAUAGGAGAGGACAGAAUGGCUCAGGAAUAUGAAGAAAAAGUGAAGGAGGAAGCAUCUAAAACCACAGAAACUACAGAAGGAGCUCAAGUUGUGCAAGCAUCAACAACACCUACUUGGAGCACAAGCACAGCUGUUGCUUUAAUGCAUCAGAAAGCAUUAGAAGAAGAAGAUCUAACAGUUCAAGCUCUUCAAUUGGAAGAAAAAUAUCGCCAGCUCCUUCAGCUGAUACAACAACUCUCACAAAAGGCCAAUGUAGAAAUAGUUAAAAACCAGCUAAUCGAUAUAUUGCAAGGAAAGUGCUUAAAUCAGUCGCAUGGAAUUAGCUCAUACUUGGAACUAAUCGAUAAAAUCGAAAACAUGGACGAAGUAUUCAAGUUCCUCGUUAAAAAUCGUUUCGUUGGUUACCUAAAUUAUUACCUUCUCAAAGAAUUUUCAAGCAAAGUUAUAUGUGGAGAUGGGUAUGAAAUGGCAAAAGCAGAGGUAGUAGAGUACGAGAAGCACUAUUGCCAGUUCAUUGAAAAGCCUGCCUUUUGCCAACUGAUUGAAGUUUUUGAUGAGAACCCUCAACUAAACCCAGGCACUGUCGUAGGACUACCGAUUGUCGUUAUUAGUCUCUCAAAAGAGUGGAAAACUCAAAACAAAAAAGAUCUAAAUGAAUGGUUGCCUUUUCUAGAAGAGAACAAGCACCUACUCCAAAGUAUCGGCUACAAAUGCAUACUAAUUACUUAUGCCAUUUUUCCUGUUCACCUGCUCAAAGUUAUGAGAUUCCUAAGCAAUGAAGAACAAAUGGAAAGGCUUAAAGAAAACGGAAUAACAAUCAAAACUCCUUCAUAUACAAUGGAAAUAGCAGAGAGACUGAGAGAAAAUAUAUCAAAAGAGUGCGUAGGGCUUCAAAAUAAAAUACAAAAUUUUGCACUGCUUGAAAAAGCACAUAGUUGUAACUUUGAGCCAGAAGAACAAUUACCAACAAAUUACUUGUCAGAGGUUCCGUUAAAAGUUUCAUCAAAUAAACCUCUUCAAAAGGCCUUUUCAAGUGGCCGUGAUAGUGGUUACUCUUCACGACAUAAUUCCCCAGCCCAGUGAUGAGACUAUUGUGCACUGUUGUACUAUUGUGCUUUUAGAGCACAAUAGUGCAAGUACAUACAACCAUGCAUGCCUUAGUGUGACUUUUGUGUAAUAAUUAUUCAAAGACAAAUCUUAAGACUUGUAAUUUGCUGCUCAUAAUUUAUUAUUGUUGUUGCUGCUGUUGUUAUUAUUGUUUAUAUUUCACACAUAUUUUCAAAACUGUAAGUACAAAAAAUAUGAAAGUUCAUACUUAUUACAAUGGAA